GUCCAUGGCAGCUCACGUGACUUCAAAUCUUGUCACGUGACUGUGGUUCCUCGUGAGUUGGUUUCUCUUCAAUCUCUCCGCUGGUAGCUUCUUCUUUAUCGCCGCUGGAACUCAGUCAGAGACGGCAGCAGGAUGAGGACGCCGAGGGAAACUCUGGCUCUCCUGUUCCUCUGGGCCUGUCUGGACUCGGCGGCCGCCGCUCGGAGCUGCUCGUCGUUCUUCUGCAGGAAGACCCACCGAGUCAGCGGUGUGCGCGGAGCGGACCCCGGCGCCCCGCUGUUCGUCACUCCCUACCUGGAGAGAGGCGCCGUGGAUGAAGCCAGGAAACUGAGUGCGGUUGGAAAGAUGCCCGGAGCAAACGUCAAGAGCUACGCCGGCUACUUCACGGUCAACAAAGCCUACAACAGCAACCUCUUCUUCUGGUUCUUCCCCGCAUACAUGGCCGGCCAGGACAAGGCCCCAGUACUGCUCUGGCUGCAAGGUGGACCCGGCGGCACCUCCAUGUUCGGUCUCUUUGUGGAACACGGACCUUAUGUGGUUUACAAGAACAUGACCGUCGGUUUGAGGGAUUACGCCUGGACGAGCAGAUAUUCGGUUUUGUACAUUGACAAUCCGGUUGGAACAGGCUUCAGCUUCACUGACGAUGACAGGGGCUUUGCUCAGAACCAGGAUGACGUAGGCCGAGAUCUGUACAGUGCUCUGACACAGUUCUUCCAGCUCUUUCCAGAGUAUCAGUCCAAUGAGUUUUAUGCAACUGGGGAGUCAUAUGCUGGGAAAUAUGUUCCUGCCAUUUCCUACUACAUCCACAAGAACAAUCCCACUGCAAAGGUGAAGAUCAACUUUAAGGGCAUGGCUAUUGGUGAUGGACUCUGUGACCCAGAACUGAUGCUGGGCGGUUAUGGAGAGUUCCUGUAUCAGACGGGAAUGAUAGACGAACUCCAGAAACAGUACGUGGAAAAGCAGACGGACCUCGGCGUGGAACUCAUCCAGCAGCAGAAAUGGGUGGAGGCUUUUAAGGUUUUCGACUCUUUGCUGAACGGCGACGUGGAUCCGUAUCCCUCCUUUUUCCAAAACGCCACAGGCUGCACCAACUACUUCAACUACAUGACAUGCCAGGAGCCUGAAGACCAGGAGUACUUCUCCCAGUUUGUGACCCUGCCUGAUGUGCGGAAAGCCAUCCACGUGGGCAACCUGACCUUCCAUGACGGCUCUCAGGUGGAGAAGCACCUCCUGCAGGAUGUCAUGAAGAGCAUCAAACCGUGGCUGGGGGUUCUGAUGGACAACUACAGGGUCCUGAUCUACAGCGGUCAGCUGGAUGUGAUCGUAGCCGCUCCUCUUACCGAGAGGUUCCUGCCGACUGUCAACUGGACCGGAGCCGCCGAGUACAAAGCGGCUCCGCGGUUCCCCUGGAAGCUCCAGCCCGACGACGCCGAGGUGGCCGGUUACGUCAGACAAGUCCGAGAGUUUUUCCAGGUCAUCAUUAGAGGAGGAGGACACAUCCUGCCCUACGACCAGCCGGCCAGGUCCUUUGACAUGAUCGACAGGUUCUUGUCAACAAAGAGCUGGGUGUGAAAUGAAAUCGGCACGGGCUCAUAGUCAUCACUGAUUCAGCGUUGAUUCUAAAGACUGUUGAUUGUCACAGCACAUGUAAAUAAAAUUUUUUUUUUUGUAUAUAUUAGUGAAAUGAAUAAAAAAAAAGUAUUUUGUCACUUAUCUGAUUCAUAAUUUCUCAUCAACUGAAAUCAGUCAAUUUUCUUGUUUUGUUAUAGGUUAGAAAAGUUUGUUUUUUGAACAACUUUGAGGGUCCUUCCAGAUGUUUGCCUUAGUCUCAAACUAAAAGUCCUUUUUUUAUUUUUUAUUUUAUUUUCGAUUGUUUGAAAUAAAAUGUCUUGAUUUUGGUAAGACUUGAUCCUGUUCUGAUGGUUUUAGUGAUUUCGAAACUAUCCACAAGGGGUCGCUAUACUCCAAUUGAUUGCAACUGCAGACAAAAGCCAAUAAAAAGGCAGCUUGUUCCUCACCACAACAAUGGUCAAUGAUGGAGUGUUUUCUUUUUAAAGUUGAUGCAAUAACAUGUUUAAUCUGCUGCAUUUUGGUCUAAAAGAUUGCAGACUCCCUCUGUAAAAUAUGUAGCAUGUUUGCCACAGCUUUUGGAAAUAAAUCUGCUACCUCAUGAA